UUAUCCCAAGUUGAAGGUGAAACUCGUCUGACAUCCUGUUAGCUAGCUGCUCUGUGACCGUAACGGCUGCUCCAGACUUCAUACAUAGAAAAAUACAUAGAAUAAAAAUAAAAAACGCCAUGUCGGUGUUCCGUGAUGUCCAACAAGCAGCCCCCGUUGCGGUCUUCAAGCUAACGCAGGACUUUAACAACGACCCGUUUCCCAAUAAGGUGAACCUCGGGGUUGGAGCUUACAAGACAGACGAAGGCAAGCCCUGGGUUUUGCCGGUGGUUAAAAAGGUGGAGAAGCUCAUUGUGCACGAUGACAGACUAAACCACGAGUAUUUGCCCAUCCUGGGCUUGCCCGAGUUCAGAUCCUCUGCUUCCAAGAUCGCGCUUGGAGACGACAGUCCUGCCAUCCGGGAGGACAGGGUGGGGGCCGUCCAGUGUCUGGGGGGUACCGGCGCUUUGAAGAUGGGUGCAGAGUUCCUCAGGCGAUUCUAUAAUGGAAACAAUAACACUAAAACACCCAUCUACGUGUCAGCACCGACUUGGGAAAAUCACAAUGGUGUUUUCACCAACGCUGGGUUUGAGGACGUUCGUCCGUACAAGUACUGGGAUGCAGAGAAAAGAGGCCUCGACUUGGCUGGCCUUCUCAGUGAUUUAGAAAGUUGUCCAGAACGCUCCAUCUUUGUCCUGCACGCCUGUGCCCAUAAUCCCACCGGAACAGACCCAACACAGGAGCAAUGGAAGAAAAUAGCUGAAGUUAUGAUGAGGAGGAAGCUGUUUCCGUUUUUUGACUCAGCCUAUCAGGGAUUCGCCUCAGGGAACCUGGAGAAGGACGCGUGGGCUCUCCGCUACUUUGUCUCCAAAGGCUUCGAGAUGUUCUGCGCUCAGUCAUUCUCCAAGAACUUUGGCCUCUACAAUGAGCGUGUGGGCAACCUGACCAUUGUAGCUCGUGACUCCGACAACCUAAAGAGGGUUCUCUCCCAGAUGGAGAAGAUCGUCCGGAUCACUUGGUCCAACCCGCCGUCUCAAGGAGCUCGUGUAGUUUCCCUCACUCUGACCUCACCUGACCUCUUCUCUGAAUGGAAGGAGAACGUAAAGACCAUGGCUGACAGGGUCUUGCUGAUGAGGGCUCAGCUUCGAGCAAAACUUGAAGUUCUGGGUACACCAGGGACCUGGAGCCACAUCACAGACCAGAUAGGCAUGUUUAGCUUUACAGGCUUGAACCCAAAACAAGUGGAGUACAUGAUAAAAGAGAAACAUGUCUAUUUGAUGGCUAGUGGCCGCAUCAACAUGUGUGGUCUGACCAGCAAGAACAUCAACUAUGUAGCUGAGUCUAUCCACGAGGCCGUCACCAAGGUGCAGUAGAGGGAUGUGGUGAGCAGAGCUCCCAGCGCUCCGUGCUGCACGGGUACCAGCUGCUCCCAUCGCGGGGACGGCGUUUCCACAACAGUUUAUUGCACAAUGAAUGCAGUUCUUAUUUGCACAGAUACAAAGACAGCUCAGGCCCCAGUUUGUCCUGUUUCACAGAGAUUGUGCUAUGCAAUGCCGAACGAAUACAUUCCCAGGAUCCCUGUAGAUGUUGUUUGUGUAUUUAUGUUCUUAAUUUGUGAUUUGUUCCGUCCUGCUGAAAACCUGUCAGGGAACUUUUUUGUCCUUUAUUGCUCCUGUCAUUUGUUGUAAGUUAGUGUGUCAUUACAUGAACCUUUGUGGAGGUUUGUUUGGAACUAUGGCUGUCCUGUCAUUAUCUCAGAUAUGCGGACGAGAAUCAAAAACGUUUAAAUAUGAUAUUUUCCUAAACAGAACAUCCUGUUUCCAGUUCAGGCAGCAUUUAAGGGAUCAAAGUGACUGAAGCAUUUGUCCUCAGAAACCCACACUGCUACUUUGCUCAGAUACGUUAAUGAAUCUACACGUGUGUGUUUUCAGGAAAACUCAAGACCACAGAGUGUAGAUAAACUCUUCUGUGAUAGCUUGGACCGGAAUGACACAGGUGUCAUGACUUCAGAUCAACCUGUGCUCUCGAUGAUUCUGGUUCUGACAGGUAGCAGCUAGUUAUUGUUGACUGGUUGUGCCACCACAGCACUGUUAAGCAAGACUUCUGAGGUACAAACAUGGUAAUGAUCAACUAAUGUGUUAUCUUCUUGUGGACAGUAAAGCAAUAAAGACGACUUUUAGGAGACACACUGACAUGAAUGAAUGAUUUAUUCCAAUAAAGAUAAAUAAAUGUU